AUGUCAUCUGAACGUUACAGUUUUUCUUUAACAACUUUUAGCCCUUCAGGUAAACUAGUCCAAAUCGAAUAUGCUUUAGCGGCAGUAGCGGCUGGCGCUCCGUCAGUAGGAAUAAAAGCAUCGAAUGGAGUGGUAAUAGCCACAGAAAACAAACACAAAUCCAUUCUCUAUGACGAGCACAGCGUCCACAAAGUAGAAAUGAUCACGAAGCACAUUGGAAUGGUCUAUUCCGGUAUGGGACCCGAUUACCGUUUGUUGGUGAAACAAGCCCGUAAAAUGGCCCAACAGUAUUACCUGGUUUACAAGGAACCCAUCCCUACCGUUCAGCUAGUUCAACGGGUGGCGACCGUCAUGCAGGAAUACACCCAGUCCGGAGGAGUCAGACCCUUCGGAGUGUCCUUAUUGAUCUGCGGAUGGGACAACAACAGGCCCUAUUUAUUCCAGUGUGAUCCUUCCGGGGCGUAUUUUGCUUGGAAAGCCACAGCAAUGGGAAAGAACUACGUCAACGGGAAGACUUUCCUUGAGAAGAGGUAUAGCGAAGAAUUGGAAUUGGAUGAUGCCGUGCACACCGCUAUUUUAACUCUUAAAGAAAGCUUUGAGGGCCAAAUGACCGCUGAUAACAUCGAAGUUGGCAUAUGCGAUCCGCAAGGAUUUAGGAGAUUUGAUCCUUCAACAGUAAAAGAUUUUUUGGCGAAUAUUCCUUAA